AUGGCCACCGUCCACCCGGAACACGACCUCAACUGCCUCACCCUCGAAGAGCUCGAAGCCCACGCGCGCACCAUGAUGGACAAACAAACCCGCGACUACUACAACGAGGGCUCCGACUCCAACACCACGCUCCGCGAAAACACCACCGCCUACUCCAAAUACCGCAUCCGCCCGCGCGUGCUUCGAGAUGUCAGCCGUAUCGACUCCUCUGUGCCGUUGUUCGGCCAUAUAAACAGUGUACCGCUUGGUGUAGCACCGACGGCAAUGCAGCGCCUUGCGCAUAGCGACGGGGAACUAGGGACAGCACGCGCGUGCAAGAAGGCGAAGGUAGCGAUGGGGUUGAGUAGCUUUGCUACGCAGAGUCUCGAGGAGGUCGCGGAGGCGAGCGAGGGGAAUCCGAACGUCCUGCAGUUGUAUCUGUUCGAGGAGCGGGAGCAUAGUCGGAAAUUGAUCCAAAGAGCGAAGAAAGCUGGGUUUAAAGCGGUGUUCUUGACGGUGGAUACCCCGUUCUUGGGAAGGAGGAACAUGGAGAUUAGGAAUCAGUUCAAGUUGCCGUCGCAUUUGAAGGUGAAGAAUUUCGCGGAGGAGGAGAGUCCGGUGCCGCCUGAGGCGGUGGAUGGGGAGGGCGAUAGCGGGAAGAGGGAGGGGAUGAGGCCCAAGAUGCAGAGGAAAGCUUCACGAGCAGGCUACACCGAAGGAAACAGGCGAGUUCCUCCCUCAGGGCCGAUCACGUUCCACUCGCACGCGCCGAACCCGACGUUGUGCUGGGAGCGGGACAUUGGGUGGUUGAAGCAGGAGUGCGGGCCGGAGAUGGAGGUCUGGCUCAAGGGCAUCGCGACUGGAGAAGACGCUUUAUUGGCGGUGCAUCACGGGGUCGAUGGGAUCGUAGUCUCGAACCACGGCGGAAGACAACUGAACGGGGCGAUGGCGACGAUUGAUGCACUGCCGGAGGUUGUGGAGGCCGUGCAGGGGAAGAUUCCCGUGCAUGUGGAUGGCGGGAUCAGGCAUGGGACGGAUGUCUUCAAGGCGCUGGCGCUGGGUGCGGAUUUCGUUUGGGUGGGGAGGCCGGCGCUGUGGGGGUUGGCGUAUAAGGGACAGGCGGGGGUGGAGCUGAUGUUGAAGUUGUUGACGGAUGAGAUACGGUUGUGUAUGAGUUUGGCGGGGACGACGAGCGUGAAGGAAAUUAGUAAGGAGUACCUUGUCAAGAUGGACAACAGUGGUUUCGUUUCGAAGCUCUGA